AUGGUUCACUCAGAGGCGUCUGGUCUGGUGAUCGAGCCACCGGCGAAGAGCUUUUGCAUUCUGCACUUUAACGACUGCUACAAUGUCGAGUCCAGUGAACAGGAGCCCAUCGGCGGCGCGGCCCGCUUCGUUACCGCCCUGCGCACCUUCAGCCACUUGGAGCCGGUGGUCCUCUUCAGCGGUGAUAUCAUUGCACCCUCGAUAAUGAGUACAUUCACCAAAGGAGAACAAAUGCUGCCGGUACUUGAGUGCUGCAAUGUUGACUGUGCCUUAUACGGAAACCACGAGUUUGACUUUGGUCUUGAGUACUUGAUUUCCUUUGCAAAAAAGACAAAGUUUCCCUGGCUUAUGAGCAAUGUCUUCAUGAAAGACACCACUGCACCUCUGGGCGAGGGAAAAGUGUCCCAUAUCAUUGAGAAGAACGGCAUCAAGAUUGGCUUAAUAGGACUCAUCGAGGAGGAAUGGCUAUCCACCCUGGUAAUUGAUCCGAACGACAUUCACUAUGUCAACUUUAUCACUGAAGGUCGCAAACUGGCACAAUUGUUGAGAGAGAACGUGAUGGACAUUGUGAUUGCACUGACUCACAUGAGAACGCACAAUGACAUUAAACUGGCUGAAAAUGUCUCAGAGAUAGACUUGAUACUAGGUGGACAUGACCACGAUUAUAAUGUUGAGAAAGUGAAUGGAAAGUACAUUAUCAAGAGUGGAACAGACUUCCGGCAGUUCAGCAAAAUCGAUGUGACCGUCAAUUCGCCAGGGGCGGGCGGCGUUCAGGUGCAGAUCGAAGCAGUCGAUGUGACUGCCAAGUUCGAAGAGGACGCCGCCCUGGCCGCCGAACUGGAGCAGUACAACACCGUCAUUGAGGGCAAGAUGGAGAAUGUGAUAGCCUUCGUGGAGUGCGACCUAGACGGCAAGUUUGCCAGUAUUCGCUCUUCGGAGACCAACCUAGGCAAUCUGGUGGCGGACAUCAUGCUCGAUGCGGCAGGUGACGUCGACUUUGCCUUGCUCAACUCGGGCACACUUCGCAGCGACCGCGUGCACCCGAAAGGACCAUUCAAAAUGCGUGAUCUGGUCACCAUACUGCCGUACAUGGAGUCCAUUCUGGUGCUGCAGAUGAACGGCCUGCAGGUGCACCGAGCGCUGGAGAACGGCGUCUCGCAGUACCCUAAACUGGAGGGGCGAUUUCCACAGGUGGCGGGAAUUUCAUUCUCCUUCGAUCCUUCAAAACCACCGGGAAACCGUGUUCCACUUGAAAGCGUAAAGAUUGGCGGGCAGGACUUGGACCUGCAGAAGGCGUACAAAGUAGUCACCAAGGAGUUUAUCGCUCAAGGAAAGGAUGGCUACGAUGUGCUGAGAGAGUGUCCUCUGGUCAAGUCUACCGAAGACUGUAUGCCUAUUACACAGGCGGUAACGGAGUACUUUGAAGCCAUCAGACGUGUUCAGGCCCAAGUUGUGGCCCUAAACAAUGCUCAGCCGUCUCAGCGACGGCAAAGCCUCAUUUCUCUAUCUCGAAGAGUUUCCAAAAGCCAAGAGGAACCUGCCAUACCGAUUGAACUUUGUCGUCUUGAACCGAAAGUCGAAGGCAGAAUCAAGAUUCUGCAGCCUAGUCAAGGCUAG